AGUAUAUUAUACGCACGCUUUUAAUUUAUACCGUAUCAUUACGACUAUUAAAUAUCUAUUUUCUGUAACUUCCAUGAGUAUUUAAACUUUUGGAAUGUCACGAGCGGAGGGUAGUAGGUACACGGGGGGUUCUAUAAGUCCCUAUAUAAAUAGGUGCACGGCACGUGUUUACCGACCAUUGUAUUCUGUGCUGUGGUUAUAGGAUUGGUGUAGUAGUGGUAAAUAAUUCAAUUAUUAUUUUUAAAACCGAAAUUCAAUUAUUAUUGAAGAUGCCACCAAAAACGGCUAAUCAGAAUAAGAGAUCCGGACGAAUGGCUAAAAAAGGUGGGCAAGCAGUGCUCCAAGAAGAAAUAAAUAGCGAUGAUGACUGGACAAAAAUUAUAGAAAAGCCGGGAAUGUAUGUCGUUGACGUUUAUACAGAAUGGUGUGGUCCUUGUAUACCAAUGACAGCAUACUUAAAAAAAAUCAAGUUGGAAUUAGGAAGCGAAAAUCUACAUUACGCUAUAGCAAAAUCUGACAAUAUAACUGUGCUGAAAAGAUUUCGACAAAAAAGUGAAUCCCAUUGGUUGUUUUUUUAUGAUGGGAAAUUGGUCAAUAUCAUUAUUGGCACCAAUGCUCCUAGAUUAAUGCAAUUAAUAGUGGAGGAGUUGGAACAGUAUGUUAAGUUCAAAAAUGGUGAAGUCCAGAGAGAGUUUAUACCAAUGACUCAAGUGACCGAGGAGGAGCAAAAAAAAUUAAAUGAUAAUGAAAACUAUCAAAAACAGAAAACAAAAAAGGAAAAAAUAAUUAGAGAUUAUAGAAUGAUGAAAAAGAGAGAACAUUCUCUGAAACAAUUUUCGGUCAACGUUCAAAUGCAAACUUGUGUCAUGUUUUUCCCACACACGAUCAAGUACAUUAUGGUGGAAAAACCAAUUGAAGAUGACACCAAAGAACUCGAUAAGCCUCUUGAACCCGUGAUGAUAGAAAAAAGGGUGUGCGAGGUGGCUAAUUCGUGUGCUACUAAAUAUGAGGAACUUAUUGUUAUCGAUGCUAAAGAUGUAGAGUUGACGGAAGACAAUCUGAACGAGAUGUUUUUUAUGGAAAAAGAGUUUCUGGAAAGUUUUCCGCAAGAAUUUAUCGAUCAACUGUUGAGUAAAAAAGUGUAUUCGGUAAUGUUGUCAAUGCCUACUGUCAAACAAGACCCCGCUGCCCAAGAAGCUAUCACAGAAGACGAAAAUCUACCUGAGCCCAUUGACCUAAUGGGAGUAAUAGAACAGAAGUUAAGCACAAUAAUUUACGGAAAUGGAACCCCAUUAAACCCUAGUCCGAAUUCUCUUGCAGAUAUACAUAAGAAAGUAAAUGAAUCUGGACAAAAGUUACCGUCGAUAUAUACCCCCAGAAAUCCGUUGAGUAAAGCUUCGGCGCUGACCAUUUUGUUCAGCAAAUUUUGCCAAAACAAUGGAUACGUUGCACCCCAGCCACCUUUACCACAGUACCUUGUCAUUUUUGAUAUCAACAAAUCCAACAUCGUGCUACCGAUCAUCGAGGAUCUCGAAGAAAAAGUCGUCUAUUACGGUUUUUUCCGUAGCGCCGAUCCCGAAAAACCCAAGCUACUCUGCAAAGAUCCCGAAUUGUUAGCUACAUAUGGCAUGGACAAAGUUGGCAAAGAAGCCAAAUUGGUAUUGUCUGUGCUCAUGGACGACAAGGAUAAGAGUCUGUUGCGGUUCGUUGACGUUGGGCCAAUUUACGUGAGUCCGGAUCACGAGGUCGGAAUUGACGAUGCCAUUAAGUUUUUCCCACACGACUUUGACGAGAUGGAUGGUGAAGUAAAGUUGUGGUUGGCCCAACAGGAGGUCCGAGAAGAGGAAGAUGCAGGCGUGAACAUUUUGGGUGAAGUUGAAGAAGGAGUGAUGGAAGAAGAGAACCCACCACAGGAUCAGCAACAGGAAUCAGCUCAGCCAACCGUCGUCGGUUAAUAUUGUGUCCAAUGUUUAGACAACCAUGGGUUUUCACAAGUUCGCCCAUUUUAAAUCGAAUACUUUUCGAAAAAAAAAUUUAUUAUUUAUGAAUACUCUUUUCAAAACUUAGAAGUAGUUGUGACGAAACAUAUUUUGUUGAAUUAAUUUUAUUUUAUUUCUAAUACAAUAUAAAAAUUAAAAGUAUUCUUUACAAGAUACGUUCAAUAAAUGUGUACAAUAAUGUACCUAUAUUGCCUAUACAUUGCGCCGUGAUCCAAUAUUUUCGAAAACAGUUGGGCAAGAUACAAAAUCCUGCAUGUAUUUAAUUGUACUUGCUUAACUUUUAUUAUUACGAUUACUUCAAUACAGAGUAGUAGAUAAUUAUUAAUAAAUAUUUAAAAG